GUUGUCACAUGUCAAGCACAUGUUUUUCGUAACCGUAACCUAUACCUAUGUGAUUCUUCAACGGCUUCAUAACAAAUUUGAAUAAUAAAAAAAAAAACAAAAUGAACAUCCACUUACGACAAGAAAACGUCCAGUUUUCCUUGUUCACCAGCGAGGAAAUCAAACGGAUGAGUGUCUGUCAGAUAGUAACACCGUUAACUCUCGAUGCCUUGGGGCACCCUAUACCAGGUGGUUUGUACGACAGAAGGUUGGGGCCCCUUUCUGAUGACGCAGAUGCUUGCGGCACUUGUGCUAAAACCAUCGCAAACUGUCCUGGUCAUUUUGGGUAUAUUGAAUUGCCCUUACCAGUGGUUAAUCCAUUGUUUCACAAGAUCAUUGGAACGCUCAUGAAAAUAUCUUGUUUACAUUGUCACCAUAUCCAAAUUCCAAUACAUAUUAAGAGAAUUUUGGUAAUUCAGCUCAAGCUGCUAAAUUGUGGCUUGUUGACAGACUCUAUGGAAGCUGAACAAUUGAUGAUGGAAUUAAUUUCUACUCAUCAGUCUUAUGAGAAAAUUCCUGAGGAAAGUAUACAACCUGUGUUGAAGUAUGAAAAAUUAGCUGAUGAAAUGAUUGGUGUUUUAAAAGGAAACAUACUAUCUACUCAAAAUGUUGAAACUUUGCGAAAUCAGUUCAUCUACAAAACUUUGAGGGAUGUUAAAGCUAGAAAAACAUGCAUGUUUUGUAAGCGACACAUUGAUAGAAUUCAAGCUUUGAAGAACAAGAUUAUACUUUCUGCAAGAAAGUUAGACAAGGGUGCUGAUAAAACAAUUACAAUAAAAGGUGUGGAAUCAAAAUACGUGAAUCCAGAGGAAUCUAGAGAACAUAUGAGGAAAAUCUGGGUAUCUGAAAAAUCAUUCUUAGAGCACUUGCUGCCUGUGCUUCAAGAUAUAAGAGCAGAACAUCCAACCGACGUCUUUUACUUCACUGUAAUUCCUGUCCCGCCGCCAAAUAUCAGACCUGUCAACUUUAUGAAUGGCAGAAUGUUGGAAAAUAAACAAUCACAGACAUAUAAGACGAUACUACAGAAUGUUAUACUGUUAUAUGCUAUCAUCAAAGUGGUACAGAAGAAAGGAGAUGUUAAUGUGCUGUCAUCUGAAGAAGCUAAGGCUGCAUAUAGCUUUGCUCGAGGAGCUUCGGCUAUAGAGAAACUUAUCAACUCAUGGGAAGAACUUCAAAAUGAUGUAAAUGGAUUGUUAGAUAAGGAAUCUCAGAGGUCAAAAGAUGGAGAGGGACUCAAACAGAUAAUAGAAAAGAAAGAAGGAAUAAUCCGUAUGUGCAUGAUGGGCAAGAGAGUGAACUUUUCAGCACGUUCUGUCAUCACGCCCGAUCCAAAUUUGAAUAUCGACGAAAUUGGUAUUCCUGAGGCGUUUGCUAAACGUUUGACUUACCCUGUAGCUGUGACUCCAUGGAAUGUUGAGGAAUUGCGGAAGAUGGUUCUGAAUGGGCCGAACGUUCAUCCUGGAGCUGUAAUGAUAGAAUAUAACGGAAUUUCGAAAAAAAUUAAUCCGAAUAAUGCGACACAGCAGAAAAGUCUUUUGAAGCUAUUGCUUACACCUGAUGAUAGAGACAAGGGAUCAAAAAGCGUAAAGAUAGUCCAUCGUCAUCUUUGCAAUGGAGACGUACUGUUGCUGAAUCGCCAACCUACGCUUCACAAACCUAGUAUAAUGGCCCAUACAGCACGCAUUUUAAAAGGAGAAAAAACAUUGAGGUUGCAUUAUGCUAAUUGUAAGGCUUACAAUGCUGAUUUCGAUGGGGACGAGAUGAACGCUCAUUUUGCCCAAAAUGAACUGGCGAGGAGUGAGGGAUACAAUAUAGUAAACGUUGCUAAUCAAUACCUGGUUCCAAAGGAUGGCACUCCUCUCAGUGGUCUUAUCCAGGAUCACAUGAUAGCUGGAGCAAGAUUAUCUGUAAGAGGGCGAUUCUUCACAAAGGAAGAUUAUCAUCAGUUGGUUUACCAAGCAUUAUCAUUUAAAACGAGUAAUAUAAUUUUGUUGAAACCAGCAAUUAUUAAACCAGUGAUGUUGUGGUCUGGAAAGCAGCUUCUCUCUACGGUUAUUAUCAACAUAAUUCCAAGUGGAAAGGGAUUGAUAAAUCUUACUGCCACGUCAAAAAUUCCAGCCAAGGCUUGGCAAUCUGAAUAUCCCAGACCUUGGAUGGGUGGUGGAACGUUGUUUUCAAAUCCAAAUACCAUGAGUGAAGCAGAAGUUAUAAUACGAAAUGGUGAGCUUUUGGUUGGAAUAUUGGACAAAAGUCACUAUGGAGCGACACCAUAUGGUCUUGUACAUUGUAUGUAUGAGUUAUAUGGAGGAGUAUGUGCUACAAGAUUUUUGUCAUCUCUAGCAAAAAUAUUCACAAGAUUCUUACAGCAAGAUAGUUUCACUUUGGGCGUUCGUGACAUUUUGACUGUGAAAAAAGCUGAUGCCAAGAGGAAGAGAGUUAUGAAUCAAGCUAGACAAAUAGGUGUUGAAGCUGUUACAGCUGCUCUAGGCAUUCCACCUGAUACACCUGUAGAGCAAAUAGUUGAAGAAAUUCAGAAAAGAGAAUCUACUAAUUCAAAGAUAAGAGCUGUUAUUGAUAGGCAAUACAAGUCUUCUUUGGACAGCUAUACUAAUGAUAUCAAUAGGGCGUGCCUUCCAGCUGGUCUAAUCUGCAAAUUCCCAGAAAAUAACCUCCAAUUGAUGGUCCUUUCGGGUGCCAAAGGAUCCACAGUGAACACCAUGCAGAUUUCGUGUCUUUUGGGCCAGAUUGAAUUGGAGGGAAAACGUCCCCCGGUGAUGAUAUCAGGAAAAACGUUGCCUUCGUUUCCGGCUUUCGAAUUUUCACCGAGAGCUGGCGGUUUCAUUGAUGGCAGGUUCAUGACUGGGAUCCAACCACAGGAGUUUUUCUUUCACUGUAUGGCUGGAAGAGAGGGUCUUAUAGAUACAGCUGUAAAAACGAGUCGUAGUGGUUACCUGCAAAGAUGUCUAAUCAAACAUUUAGAAGGCUUGAGAGUUGGUUAUGACAUGACCGUAAGAAACAGCGAUAAAAGUGUGAUUCAGUUCCUUUAUGGAGAAGACGGUAUGGAUAUUUCAAAAGCGCAAUUUCUCAACAAGAAACAGUUACAGUUUUUGUCUGAGAACGUGAAAACCUUGACUCAGGAUGACUUGUUACAGCAGUUAAAGGAUGAUCCAGAUCAAGCUUUGGUUGAGGAGCAUGUUAAAAAGGUGAAAGAGUGGAAGGAGAGUUUCGGAAACCCCUUGAGUAAAAAACGAAAAAGUCCGUUUUCGCGGUUUGCAAAGUACGUCAAGGGACGCGCUGGUAAUGCAGUUUUAACUAGAGAUCAAAUCGUGAAACUUUGGAGAGAAGUUGAUGAUGAAGUUAGAGAAAGUUUCAUUAAGCCUUGUGUGCCGUGCCCAGAUCCCGUGGACUCAGCUUAUCAACCAGACGCACAAUUUGGCGCUAUAAACGAGAGGAUUGAUCAACUUUUGGAGGAGUUUCAACCGUUCAAGAAAAAGAAGUCUAAAAAGGAGUUCCAUAAUGUGAUGAAGUUGAAGUCGAUGCAAUCGAUGUGUGCCGCCGGUGAGCCUGUUGGUCUUUUGGCAGCUCAGUCGAUUGGCGAGCCUUCAACUCAAAUGACCCUAAACACCUUCCACUUUGCUGGAAGAGGAGAAAUGAAUGUCACUCUUGGUAUACCCAGGCUUAGAGAAAUUCUCAUGAUGGCAUCGAAAAACAUCAAAACGCCGUCAAUGGAAAUCCCGUUUCUACCAGUGGAAAAUCUGGAAGCUAGAGCUUCAACUUUGAGGAAACUGCUCAAUAGAGUUGUUAUUUCGGAUGUUUUGGAGAAAAUUGACGUUACGACUGUCUUGCAGGUUGAACCAGUCAGACAACACCAGUACAUUCUACGUUUUUACUUCCUCCCAAGAAAGUAUUACAGCCAAGAUUUCUGUGUCAAACCUAAGCAGAUUCUUCAGCAUAUGAAGAAGAAAUUUUUUGCUGACAUGUUUUCAGUUAUCAGAAAAUACACGAAAAUUAACAGUAAUGUAGUUACGAUGCAAGAAGCAAAAAAUAAAAAAAUAAACGAUGAUAAUGAUAAUGAAAAUUCCAACGCGAAUAAUGAAAACGAAGAUGACGAAAAUGAUUCAGAUGAUGAAGUAGAAGACACUGAAGAUGCUAAACAGACGUACAAACAUCAGGAUGCUCAGGAAGAUCAGGAACCUGAAGAUGAGGAGAAGAUUGAUAGCGAAGAUGAACUGACUGAUGCUGAAGACGCUGGAAACCAGGACAAGGAGAGUGAGAACAAAAAUGAUUCUAUAGCUCAAGAUAGUACGGUAACAGCUUCGUACAAUUUCGCUCAAAAUUACACUGAAGAUGCUGAAAAACAUUUGUGGUGCGAAAUUACGUUUGCACUUCCUCUGAACUAUAAAAAGCUAGAUUUAACUGGAAUACUUAAAGAUGUUGCAAGAAGGUCAGUUGUGUGGGAGACGCCACAAAUAAAAAGAGCUAUUACAUAUACGAAAGAUGACAAAUUAAUGUUAAGAACUGAUGGUAUCAACAUAAUAGAAAUGUUCAAAUAUCACAAUUUGUUGGAUCUGCACAGAUUGUAUUGUAACGAUAUACACAAAGUUGCAGAAACGUAUGGAAUAGAAGCUGCUUCAAAAUGCAUUGUUAAGGAAGUCAAAGACGUGUUCAACGUAUAUGGCAUCAAAGUUGACCCAAGGCAUUUGUCGCUGAUAGCAGACUACAUGACUUUCAACGGCAGUUUUGAACCUUUAAAUCGGAAAGGAAUGGAAAGCAGCGCAUCUCCGUUGCAACAAAUAUCGUUUGAAUCAUCGUUGAUGUUUUUGAAAAACGCAACCCUCAGAGGUAAACACGAUGAUCUAGAAAACCCUUCAAGUUCCUUGAUGCUGGGAAAACCAUGUACCAUUGGAACUGGUUCAUUCAGGUUGAUUCAUAAGGUGCCAAACUUUGUUAGUGAUAAUAAUUAGAAUAAGUUGUUGAGUAUUGUUUUUAAAUAAAGUUUAAUUAUUACAUAGUGCAGCACGACACAUUGAAGUAAACAUGGAACUCAGACUGACUUUUAUAUUGUUAUGUGCUUUGCUGCUCAACCAGGUCUUAUAGCACUUAUAUCGAAAAUAAAUUAUAGUUUAGAAAAACUAAAAAUGCUUGAAUAGCAAAUCGAACUAAAAAGCAGAAAAUAGAUUUCAAGUAUGUCAUGUCUUAAGUGUUCUAGUGGCCAUUCUUAUAAAAAUUGUGACAAUGAUUCUGUGAAAUAUGCAAACUGUGUCCAGUAUAACCGUAAAUAUCGUACAAAAAUAAAUGUUGAGCAUGCUGCAUCGGAUAAAACAUGUAUGCUUUUUGAGAACCAUGUUCUCAGUCUUAAAGCUAGAAUAGAUUAUGGAUAAGUUAGGAUCAAUGAAGCCUGGUCAUCUGAACAUGCGAUCUCUCAUGUCCGACUUUGCUGCAAU